AUGGUCCAACCAGACGCAAGAAGUGACAAAACUCAGAACAGCCGCCAACCGCGUCCGCGUGAGGCAUAUUUAGACGAUAGAGCCCGGAUUUACUACCAGGCUAGCCACCCCGCUUUGGUCGGGCCGCGUCAUCCAGGCGCGCCCCCUCUCGCCCCUUGUCGCGGGACCUCGGAACACCAGCCACGCCGGCGCCAGGAACACAAGGAGUUCUUCGAAGCCCAAGCUGCGACAAAAAAGUCGACAAAGAUGAGCGAACACAAAUGCGAGCGGCUGCAUUCUCGCGAGUUGAUUCACUCCUUUCCAGGAGAGCUUCUUCUUGAAACCAGUAGCAGUGGAACAACUUAG